AUGUCGAAUGUUGAUAUAUCUAGUGACGGCCUCAUCGGCCUGGAUUAUGACUCGAGGGGCUACCUCCAGCCUCAGUCAUGGCCCGUGGCGGUGGACCAAAAUCCCCAGCGGACAUCAGAUGGAGGACGCGAUAUCUCGCCUUUACAAACCAGCGGUCACGCCUACGAACAGUCGGUAGCAGCUCAUGAUCCUAACCUCAUGGUCGACUGGCACUUCCACCACUUACAACCCCACCUCCAAUAUCCUCAAGAAGACCCCUCGUCCGCUCCCCAAUAUACAACCUCAAGUUACGGAAUGCCCAUCCAAUCGUCUCCCGUGGAUCUGAUGUCUGGAUCCCAGGGACAGAUGAGCACCGGUCUUCUUGAGAGUCCCUACAUGCCUCUCCCUGCACCUCCGGUUGAUAUGGUGCCGUUUCCCUACCAGGACCUGAUGACUUUUCCCGACGGGCUUCCGGACAUGUCUUCGUAUCCUGCGCCGCAGAACGUGAUUGAUAGCAGCUCGCCGACGGACACCUAUCUCGAAGUCCGAUCGCUGACCAGCUCUAGUAGCGACAAUGGCUGGAAUACCAUCGAGCCCCGCAGCUCUCUGGAUUUCUCGUACCCAGAGCAAGGUAUAUUUAUCAACCCUAACCAGACGCUUCAUGACAGGAGUCUGUCAGAAUCCUCCUACUCCACCUCCUAUGGCAGCUUCGUCGAGAUCUCCAACCCGAUCAACUCGCCCACAUCGGAAACCAAUCUGGAGUCUCCGUUCAGCAGUGCGAUGAACCGACGCGUUUCCUACGAUCACACCUCGCAUGGCUCGCGGUCACCAACGGCCGUGAGCCCCGUAGCCAUCGUGCGGCCGAUUCCUGUCCCGAUCAAGAAGUCUUCUUCGCCUACUCGAUCCGCGGGAUCGCAGUCUUCAUCGGCCUCGCCCCCGAGCAGAAAACCUUCGCGGAAGAGCCCUAUCGCUGCCAAGAACGCAGAGACAAAGGUUCGCAAGCAGUCGCAGAGUGGAAAGCCAGAGACAGAAAAGCGGGUUGGAAAGCGCAAGGGUCCGCUCAAGCCGGAUCAGCGGAAGCAGGCUAGUGAAAUCCGGAAGUUGAGGGCAUGCCUCCGUUGCAAGUUUUUGAAGAAGACUUGUGACAAAGGCGAGCCCUGCGCCGGAUGCCAGCCCUCUCACGCUAGAUUAUGGCAGGUUCCUUGCACCAGAAUUGACAUCAAGGAGAUUGGCUACUUUAUGAAGGACUGGAAGGCGGACUAUGAGCGUCACAUUAGCCUCGGAUUCUCGGUUGGCAACAUCAAGGGUUUCUCGGAGCAGGAAAAGACUCUCUUUAUCACCCAUGGCUAUGGCCACAUCCUCCCCAUCAAUGCCCGCGAGGUCUACGUGCGGGAUGAACAGUGCUUCAGUAUCGACUGGGUGGAAACUAUGCACCGAGAGCCAACUCAGUACGAGGUGGAAACCGCUAAACUGUCUGCUGGAAUGGAGGGCAUUUCGCACGCCAUGCUGUCCGACUACCUUGACCGCCAUAUCGAUGGUAACGGCACCUUUGAAAAGUUUGUCGAUGACUACUUCGAGGGCACCCCGUUCUUGACGCAGAUGCUCAAGACCGCUUUCCGGUAUUAUUUCCGUACUAAGCUGCCUGUGAUUCGCAAAGCCCUGAAACUCAUCAUCGCCUACAACCUGACACUGCAUGUCACAAUGGUGGAAGGAAUCGGUGAGGAGGAAAGCUUUUUGGGUACGAUCCAGGAUGCUUCGUCGAAAUUCAACGGCAAGACAAUGGCCCCGGUCAUGAUCAACUUCCAGAUCAAGUGUGCUAUGGCAAACAUGUGGCGAGAGUUGCAAAAGGAUGUUUUGGAGGAGCUUUCGAGUCUCUACUCUAGCGUCUACAGCGGAGAGAAGCUCAAGAACUGGCCGACUAUCUUCAUGCUGGCUUGCAUUCUGUUGGCGGUGUGGGAAGAGAUGCAGUUCGACUGCCACUACCGUACACCGGAUGCUGCUGCAGUGGAUAAGUUCUGCAACGAUAUGGAGACGACUCCUGUCGGUGUCAUUGUUGGCUUGUUCCAGGCUAUUUCGCAAAAGCUUCCCGCAUUCACUGACUGGGAGACGCAAAAACACCACCACUUGCUCAAUUCGAACCCGGACGUUUGCAACGCCAUGACUGAGGUCCGCCGCCACGUUACUGAAUACGAGAGCUACCUCCGUGGCCGUUCCAACUCCAAAUUCGACCGCAACGACUUUGACUGUCUAUCCAACAAAUUUAUCUCGAGACUUGUUAUUCGCGCAAACUAA